UGGUUCGCGUGUGGAUCUUACGGGUGUCACUCCUGAGCGUAUCUGUUGAUGUGCUUUGUGGAUUUGUGCUGCACAUGCCGAGCUUUAUCUGCAUUCCUCCAUAUGUUGCCGCACAGGGACGAUGUGUUCUGCCCACUUCAAGCCCAUGUCCAUGUCUAACUGGCGCCCCAGCAUAUACGACAAAAUAUACAACGCAGAUACGCCAGACGACGGGUGCUUCAAGAGACCCUAUCGUUACCACAAGCCCUCCACAAUGGACAACCCACAUAUCGAAUUCAAACACAAUUGGCACUGCAAUGCCUGCGCAACCAACAACCUUGCAGCAUAUUUCCAAGCCAAUUAUAUCUGGGACAACGCCCACAAAUUUAUCAGCCAUUAAUCUCCCUCAAACGAAGUUAUCCCAACUAGGUAUCCCUGACACAAGUGUCGCAAAAAUACCGAUAAUACCAUCCAUUAGCCUGUCUAAAAUAACGAUACCACAACUAGCAAUUACACCUAUUAAUGUGCCAGGCAUUCCCAAUACAAGCGAUCAAAAUAUUCCAUCAAUUAGUACUCCAAAACAACUGAUUCCCGAUGCUGGUUUCACGAGUAUUCCAACGACAGGUAUUCCUAGUGUAAACCACCCAAAUACACCAUCAGUUAGUACACCAAAACAAAAGAUUCCCGACCUUGGGACUCCAUCUAUUACUACACCACGGAUACCUAAUGUUUACCAACCAAAUACACUAUCAGUUACUACACACAAACAAACGAUUACCGAUACUGGCAGCCCAACUUCACCAACGCCAGGUAUUCCUAAAGUAAACCCCCUACAAAAACCAAAAGUACUACCAAUUAAACGACCUAAAGUAACAAUUCCUCAGUUACUAGAGCCCAACAUUACAAAGCCAGGUAUUUCUGGUAUAAUCCAUCCAAAAGUACCAAACAUUUACCCAAUUAGCACGCCAAAAAUAACGAUUCCCCACAUUAAUUGGCCAAGAAUUAGGAAUAUAAAUAUGCCAAAAAACAACGAAAGUACCACCGAUUAACGAUCCCAAAAAUGUACCAUCAACGAUUCCAGAAAUAGUUGUUCCCAAAAUAUCCAAGCCAGUUAUUCCAAAAGAAAACACUCCCAACAUACCCAAACACACAGUAAACUGACAUUCCAAAACUGCAGAUGUUAAUAAUUUCAGGAAAAAAAAAGCUACCAGCAACAGAGUUAGCUAUGAAAACGAAUCAAGAAUUUGCUCCUGAGGGAUCUUUUAGAUUUUUCAAAGAAAGUUAGUCACCAGAUACUUGCUCCUAUUUCAUUGUCUAAUCUUAAGGAAAUUGUUUGCCCUUGUAUUGUCCAGAGUAGCCUUCCAUUGAAGCUCUCUGUUAAGCAUAUGUGAAUCGAUCAAUAAACAUAAUAUUUGUUGCUCCACUGUUAAA